AUGCUGAUGCAGGGAGGAAUCCUGUUGGGCCCGUCGGCGCUUGGCCGGAGCACCAAGUUCCUGAACACCGUGUUCCCGGCGCGGAGCAUGACGGUGCUGGACACGCUGGCCAACAUCGGCCUCCUCUUCUUCCUCUUCCUCGUUGGCCUCGAGCUCGACCUCAACGCCAUCCGCCGCACCGGCAAGAAGGCCCUGGCCAUCUCCCUCUCCGGCAUCGCCGUACCCUUCGUCAUCGGCAUCGGCACCUCCUUCGCCUUCCGCGCCUCCAUCCCGGGCCUGGAGGACUCCCCGCAGGCGCCGUUCCUCGUCUUCAUGGGCGUCGCGCUCUCCAUCACCGCAUUCCCCGUCCUCGCGCGCAUCCUCACCGAGCUCAAGCUCCUCACCACCGACCUCGGCCGAAUGGCCAUGUCGGCGGCAGCGGUCGACGACGUCACGGCCUGGAUCCUUCUAGCGCUCGCCAUCGCGCUUUCCGGAACAAGAUCGCCCAUCAUUUCUCUCUGGGUGCUCCUCACCGCCGUUGGCUUCGUCGUGGCCGUGUUCGUGCUCCUCCGCCCGGUGCUCGUGUGGAUAUCACGUCGGUCUCCAGACGGCGAGCCUGUCAAGGAGGUCUACAUCGUCGCCACGCUCGCCAUCGUCCUCGCAUCUAGCUUUGUCACAGACGUGAUCGGCAUCCACGCCCUAUUCGGCGCGUUCAUCGUCGGCAUCGUGGUCCCAAAGGACGGGCAGUUCGCCAGCGUGCUAAUCGAGAAGGUGGAGGAGCUCAUCUCCGGCCUCUUCCUCCCGCUCUACUUCGUCUCAAGUGGGCUCAAGACCAACGUGGCCACCAUCAGUGGAGCCAAGUCUUGGGGUCUCCUCGUGCUCGUCAUCCUCAACGCCUGCGUCGGCAAGAUCGGAGGAGCCGUGGCCACGUGCCUCCUCGUCAAGAUCCCGUUCCGGGAGGCCAUCACAAUCGGCUUCCUGAUGAACACCAAGGGGCUCGUGGAGCUCGUUGUGCUCAACAUCGGCAGGGACCGCAAGGUGCUCAACGAUGAGGCGUUCGCGAUCAUGGUGCUCAUGGCACUCUUCACAACAUUCAUCACCACGCCCAUCGUCAUGGCCAUCUACAAGCCGGCGCGACCGUCGUCGGCGGCACCGUACAAGCGCCGCACAAUAGCCGGGGACGACGGCGACCUGCGCGUGCUCGCGUGCUUCCACGGCUACCGCAACAUACCCACGCUCCUAAACCUCGUCGAGCUGUCGCGCGGCACCGGCGGGCGGCACCGCCUCGUCGUGUACGCCAUGCACCUAAUCGAGCUCUCCGAGCGGUCGUCCGCCAUCUCCAUGGUGCACCGCACGCGCCGCAACGCCAUGCCGUUCUUCAACAGCAGCAAGACGUCGUCGACGACGGAGGUGGCGUUCGAGGCGUUCCAGCAGCUGAGCACGGUGAGGGUGCGCCCCAUGACGGCCAUCUCCGACCUCGAAACCAUACACCGUGACAUCAUCGACAGCGCCUCCAACAAGCGCGCCGCCAUCGUCAUCGUGCCGUACCACAAGACGCUCCAGCACGACGGCACCUUCCACUCGCUCGGCUCGGCGUACCACGCCGUCAACAAGCGCGUGCUUCGGGAGGCGCCGUGCUCCGUCGCCAUUCUCGUCGAUCGUGGGCUCGGAGGCCACUCCCAGGUCGCCGCCCAGAACGUGGCCUUCUCCGUCGCCAUGCUCUUCUUCGGUGGGCCCGACGACCGGGAGGCUCUGGCCUACGCGGCACGCAUGGCCGAGCAUCCAGGAAUCACAGUCACCGUCUCACGCUUCCAGCCCAACCGCCCUGCUGUAGCGGAGGAGGACGCCGCCGCCGACGAGGCGGCAGUCGAGGCGUUCAAGGCCAGGGUCGCUGGUGCGGGAGCUGAAGACGACGGGUCCGUGCGGUUCGAGGAGAGGGAGGCGCGGAGCAGGGAGGAGGUGGUGGAGGCCAUCGUGUUACUGUCCAAGUGCAACGUGUUCGUGGUUGGGAGGAUGCCGCCGACGCCGCCCCUGGCGGAGCAUGCCGACGAGCUGGGGCCCGUGGGGAGCUACCUUGCGUCGCCGGAGUUCAAGACGUCUGCGUCGGUGCUGGUCAUCAAGAGGUACGACCCGGCGACGAACCCGAAGAGCAGGAGGUUCGACCCGAAGGCGAGGCCGCCGGUGGCGACCGACGAGGACACGAUCGAUGAGGAGGUGGGUGGUGGCGGUGCUGCGGUGGUGCCGGUGCCGGGGUCGCCGUCACCGAGCGAACUCGCAUGA